UUUGGCUGAGACUUUUGUGUGGUCAGUGACUUGGCUUUAUGUGGUAUUUUAGUGCAUCUGUCCUAACCGCUGUAAAAGUCAGAUAAUGCUGAAACACUAAUUGCGAAAAGAUCAGCGUGAAAGGAGAGAUGGUCAGGGUGCGGAGGCGCGCCGGCGCGCGAGUGACCUAGGCGAUGCGCCGUCCCCACCACUGACAACACCAUGCCAGCGCCGCUAGCCGCAUACAUAACCCUACUCACCGUCAUAUGGCUUUGUGCAAUCGCGGAUGAGAUCCCGUCGGCGGCGGUUCCGCGGUCCACCAACACCACCUCGGUGCCUGCGGACCCGCGGUCGCCAGUAGGUCGCGUGCCGCCGUACCAGCCGCCGGCUGGGGCCGGACCUGUGCCCGGCUAUCGGCCCCAUAACCCGUAUACACGGGUGGAACCAUGGCACCAACGACCAUCGAUAUUCGAUAGAAACGCGGACAUCAUAGCGGAAGACAUCGAUCACGAGGAAGACGACGGCGGUUGUAAUGUUCCGUGUCCUAAGGAAAAUUUCUCCUGUCAGAUCUCAUGCACCUGCAUCUCAAUGGAGAAGCGAUGCGACGGCGUCGCGGACUGCGCCGAGGCGGAGGACGAGGCGGGCUGCACGCGCUCCUGCGACGAGCACGAGAACCGAACCCUCUGCCACACCACCAACGUCUGCAUCGCCGUCGACUGGCUCUGCGACGGCGAUAACGACUGCGGAGAUUUCUCUGACGAGACGCACUGUGGAGGCCCAGCCAACUGCACGGCAGAACAAUUCACGUGCGCCAACGGCCUGUGCAUCCACAAAGACUGGCUAUGCGACGGCGACGACGAUUGUCGCGACAACUCAGACGAGACCAACUGCACCAAAGACAAGUGCAGAGAAAACCAAUUUACGUGUGCCACCGGCGAGUGCAUACCAUCACACUGGCGUUGUGAUAAGGAGGCUGACUGCCCUGAAAACUCCGACGAGAUUGACUGCCCUUUGGACUUGAUACGCUGCGCCGAGGCAGAAUUUCAAUGCGAUAACAAGAAAUGCAUUCGCAAAGACUUCCAAUGUGACGGCGACAACGACUGCGGCGAUUGGACCGACGAGGACUUCUGCCCGAUGAUGCCGGGCAGCUGCAAUGCUGGCGAAUUUAAGUGUAGCGACGGCAAAUGCAUCCCAGAGCGAUGGCGCUGCGACACCGAGCGGGACUGCUCGGAUGGCGGCGACGAGCUCAACUGCGAACACGGCAUGCGGAACUGCACCAGCGACGAAUACACCUGUGCUGAUAGGCGGUGCAUAUUGAAAACAUGGCUUUGCGACGGCGUCCGUGACUGCUCAAAUGGUGAAGACGAAAUGCAUUGUCAAGUAUUUUGUGAAGAAGACCAGUACACAUGCGCGACUCAGGAGCAUCUCAUCAGCAGCGCGUUUAGGAACUGCGUGAACAGAAAACACGUGUGCGACGGAAUGAAGGAUUGCCCUAAGGGUGAUGAUGAGGAAAAAUGUCCAACGAAGAGGAAGUGCGGUCCAGAAGAUAAAUGCGAGAAGCAAUGUAUCACAACUUAUGAUGGACUCCCUGCGUGUGCUUGCCCUUUAGGUUUUUUAUUGGCUGAUGAUGGUUUUAGUUGCCGCGACAUUGACGAAUGCAUGUAUGAGCAAGAUCCAGUGUGCUCCCAAACAUGUUCUAAUACGAUGGGUAGCUUCCAAUGUGGAUGUAUGACAGGAUAUGUCCUUCGCCCUGAUGCUAGAUCUUGCAAACCCACGGGAGAGUCGCCAACCUUGCUGUUUUCGAAUCGCAUUGGAAUUAAACAGGUGUGGCUCACUGGCGAUAACUACAUGUCUGUUGUAAAAGGACUUCAUAAUGCGGUAGCAUUGGACUAUCACUACGAAAAACAGUUAGUCUUUUGGACUGAAAACAAUCUGAGAGUCAUACGUGUGGCACAAAUGAACAACAAUAACAUUACAGAUGUUAUAAGGUGGGGUUUGGAAACACCAGGUGGUGUGGCAAUAGAUUGGAUCCAUGAUUUAAUAUUUUGGACAGACUCGGGAACCAGACGUGUUGAAGUAGCUACUUUAGAAGGUCUCCAAAGGGCGGUAAUAGCAGCCAACGAUUUGGAUAAACCGAGGGCUAUAGCCGUUCAUCCGGGAGAUGCUUUGGUGUUUUGGACCGAUUGGGGUCCUAAUCCAAAAAUUGAGCGAGCUGAUAUGGAUGGCAACAAUCGCAAAAGUGUCAUUGUAAGUCAGAUAUUCUGGCCCAAUGGCCUGACUAUUGACUACAUUGAAUCUAAGAUAUACUGGGCAGACGCAAAGCACCAUGUUAUAGAAAGUGCAUCUUUCGAUGGAAGAAAUCGAAGACGGAUCACGAAUAAAGGAUUGCCCCAUCCGUUCGCUCUGACAAUGUUUGAAGACGCAAUUUAUUGGACUGAUUGGCACACAAAGAGUAUAUCAACUGUCAAUAAGAGGACUGGAAUGGGAAUACAAACUGUCCAUGCUGGAUUAAAUGCCCCUAUAGAUAUUCACAGUUAUCACCCGUUGCGCCAACUGAGGACAUAUAAGAACCGUUGCGGUGGCAAUAAUGGCGGAUGCUCACAUCUAUGCCUUCCUAACAGCAAUGGAUACUCCUGCCGAUGUCCUGUUGGCUUCAAUUUGAAUUCUGACGGACGAACAUGCGAAGAAUCUCCGGAAAAACUUUUACUGUAUGCCCAAAGGAAAGAUAUUAGACUGAAACAACUAUACCCACGCAAGCAAAUGGAUUCCUUAGACAUGGUGAUACCGGUGGACCAUAUUAAAUCGGCCAUGGCUUUGGACUGGGACCAUAACAGCAAUUCUAUAUUCUGGACCGAUGUUGAAAAAGAUACCAUCAAUCGAGCUUAUUUGGAUGGGUCCAAUCAGACGGUUGUUGUAGGGUCGAAUCUAAUUUCUCCUGCUGGCUUGGCAUAUGACUGGUUAACUGACAAGUUAUACUGGACUGACGCUGGAACUAACAGAAUUGAGGUGGCCAAUGCUAAUGGCAGCAUGAGAACCCUUUUAGCCUGGGAAAAUAUUGACAAGCCCAGAGAUAUUGUAUUAGAUCCUAAAGGAGGGGUGAUGUAUUGGUCGGAUUGGGGUCUGAGCCCCUGCAUUGAACGCGCGGACAUGGACGGCGGAAACAGGGAACGUCUAAUCACCGGUGACAUGGUUUGGCCCAAUGGUUUAGCCCUAGACCUUGAUCGACAGCGCAUUUACUGGACAGAUGGAGGCAAUAAAACUAUUCAAUAUGCCCGUUUCGAUGGCACUGGAAGAACUAUUUUGAUAGGUCAGGACCUAUCACAUCCGUUCGGCCUGGACUUAUAUGGCGACGAAGUAUUUUGGACAGAUUGGGACACACAAUCCAUACAAGCUGCUAAUAAGUACACUGGCAACAACAGAAGAACCCUUGGAUCUGGCGUUGCUGGGAUUAUGGACGUCAGGGUUUUCCACAAGGAAAGGAUCCGUGAAGCUAAUCAAUGCACCAAAAACAACGGAGGGUGUUCUCAUUUAUGCUUGCUAAAGCCAAGAGGUCGUUCAUGUGCUUGUCCCAUUGGAAUAAAAAUAAGCAAGGACGGUAAAACCUGCACAAAUGGUCCAAUAAACUUUCUUAUCUUCGCCCAUCGUACCGAUAUCCGCGUGAUUUCGCUGGACGUGCCGUACCAAAUAGACGUUGUGUUGCCCUUACCGCCACUAAAGAACGCCCUUGGAGUUGAUGUUGACCAAAAGACGGGUCUUAUAUACUGGACUGACACCGCAGAGAGAAAAAUUCAACGCUCUAAUAAAGUUGGUGAAAAUAUCGAAACAAUAAUAGGCAAAGGUCUUCAUACUGCAGAUGGUAUCGCGAUUGAUUCAAGCGGGAGGAAGAUUUAUUGGACUGAUGGCGGUCGAAACAGUAUAGAGGUCGCUGAAUUAGAUGGAAGCAAUAGAAAAGUUUUAGUGUGGACGGGGCUAGAUUCUCCACGAGCGAUUGCUUUACACUAUGAUCUGGGUUAUAUGUUUUGGUCGGACUGGGGCACUUCAGCUAAAAUUGAAAGGGCAGAUAUGGAUGGCAAAAACAGGCGUGUUAUUGUCGACAACGACAUUAAAUGGCCGAAUGGCUUAGCCGUUGAUCGUGUCGAGGGUCGUCUCUAUUGGAAUGAUGCAAAAGUCUAUACCAUUCAGACCUCAGACUUCAGUGGUAACGACCGACGCACCAUUCUGCAUAAAGUCCAGUAUCCCUACGGUAUCGUGAUCGUAGGUCCAUAUAUCUAUUGGACGGACUGGAAGACGGAAGCAUUGCAUAGAGCCAACAAGACGAAUGGAAAUGAUUCGAUAGUUAUUAGAGAGAACUUGAAAGGUCUUAUGGAUAUUCGAGCAGUUCAGAGUGAACACCUCGCGAAAAACUUAUGCGGUCCUAACAACGGGGGUUGCUCCCAUCUGUGCCUCCGUUCGCCGGAAGGAUAUUCCUGCGCUUGCCCAACCGGUAUCUUAUUUGAAAAUCAAACGGAACAACACCCAAAGAAGUGUAAGAAGCAUCCAGAUAAUUUUCUUGUGUUCGCGACAAGAGGAAGCGUGGCGUUUAUAUCGUUGGACACUCCAGAACAGUGGGACGUCACCCUUCCAGUCACCGAAGUUCAGAACUCUAUUGCAGUUGAUUUUCACUGGGACAGAAAAUUAAUAUUUUUUACUGAUGUAGAAAAGAACGUAAUAAGAUCUAUUAACAUGCUGAACAUGAGCGAUACAAGAGUCGUAGUGAAGAACAGAUUGGAUACUCCAAAUGGCCUAGGAGUCGACUGGAUAGCGGACAAUAUUUACUGGACGGAUAAUGAGUAUAAGGUGAUCGAGGUAGCACGACUGGAUGGAUCAUGCCGAAAAGUGUUGAUUAAUGGCCUCACAGAACCAAGAGCGAUAGCGUUAUUCCCCGCUAAAGGAUACUUGUACUGGAGCGACUGGGGCGAACACCCUAGCAUUCAACGAGCGUAUUUAGAUGGAACCCAGAGAACAGUGAUCGUAAACAAAGACUUAGGCUUUCCUAACGGUAUAACGAUAGAUUUUAGAGACAGGCGAUUGUACUGGACUGACGCUUUAAAGGACAGAAUCGACACGUCAGAUUUGCACGGUAACCACAGAGUACAGCUGAUACCCGAUGCUAAACAUCCCUUUGGUAUGACACAGUUCAACGACUACAUCUUCUGGACAGACUGGUUUAAAAAAUCCGUAAUGCGAGCCGACAAGAAGACAGGAAAGAACAUCACAGCGUUGCGAACUGACCUGGAAAUGGCGAUGGAGAUAAAGGCCGUGACAUCGGAGAAACAGCGCGGAUGGAACCCGUGCAAGGAGGGCAACGGCGGUUGCUCGCAUUUGUGUCUCUUCAAAGGACACGAUUACAUCUGCGCCUGUCCAGAUGAAGCGGACUCAAGGCUCUGUGACACAAUUCCAAAUCCCAAAGUCGACAUUAGUUUGCGGCCACCAUAUCCGGACUACGAAAUAGAUCUGGAAGACCUCGACAAACGCCCCCCAAUGCCCACUCAAAUCCCGGACACGAGUAUCAUGAGCAUCUUGCUGAUUGUUAUUGGAGUUCUGGUUUUCAUCAUAUUGGCUAUAAUUGUCCUGGCAAUUGUUUGCGUAAAAUUGAAACGCGAGCGUGGCGGAGAGCUGAAGGAGAACUACCGAGAAUCAGGCGGCCACAUCUCCUUCCACAACCCGAACUACAACUGCGCCACAGGCGGCGGCCCUGACUCCAGUGAGCGCAGACCUAAUCGAUUCCAAGGCAUCUUCAAAUAUGACAAAAACCAGGAGCGCGUCACAAACGUGUACAUCCCAGAGGGAACCAGCUUGCUCCCGCCGCCGCCGCCGCCACCGCACCGCCAGCCGCCACGGCCCGCCACUCACGACGAUUUUGAGCCCGUCACGCUGCACUCCUUCGCCUAAUGCGAAUAAGACAUUAAUGUGUAUCACAUACUGUAGAGCACGAACAAUAGGCGCACUGAGGUGAAAAAUUGACACAAAACUAUAUUUUAUUUUUGGCAGUGCGCAAUAUGUACCUACCUAUAGCAUUUUGGCCACUAUUGUAAAAAGUAGAAUAUCGCACCAGAAGCGACUGGAUAUGUUGUAAUGUGCCUACAUAUCUACGAAUUAUUUCGUAAUAUAAAAAUAUGAAACAAAACCAACCUUCACUUUAUCCAAAAAAUGACUCUUGUUCGUGUCUGUUCACCUCAGUCGCCUCUCUUUAGGUUGUCUCUAAAAAAAUGUCUUGCUCUUCAAUAGACCUGUAAUUAAGUAAACUGAACAGAAUAAUGUUAACAAAAGUAAUUAAAUGAAAGGAUUUACAUCGACAUAAGAGCUAUACGAAUAAUGUCAGAGAAAUUUUAAUACCAAUAUAUGUAGGUUACAUGCACUUACCCGGCCAUGAUUUCACUUGACAACGCCUAUUGCUUUAAGACGGUGCACGACAUACCAAUGAAUCGAAGUGUUCGAAUCUUAACGUACUUAUUUGUAAACUUAUAUGGUUAGGUAGUUCAUUAAAAUUGUUUGUUAUCAUCGAACUCUGUACGCUUUCAGUAUUUGAACUGCGUGUCUGGACAAUUGCAAUUGUUUCAUUUAUAUGCAUGUUUGUGUGGAUUGCUCGUAAGGUCAUUGCUUUAAUUAUUUAUGACCGAAUAAACGAUUUACGGUAGGGAUAUUAUUUAGGUUUUGUUAACUCGUGAAGUAAAAAACAAUAUGAUAACUAUGAUUUUGUGAAAAAUGGAAAGUGUGAACUCUUAAAUGCUGCCGUAAUUUCAACGGCAGUAUUUCAGGUUUAAAUUAAAUAAUAAAAGACCCCAAGUAAAUAAAUCCAAUAUCGUAUACGGCAGCACAAAUUUAGUGCUGCCUUAAUUUAGAUCCAGAUUUUAACGGGAUUUAAAUUCUAAUAGUGUAGGUAUAUGUACCUACUAUAUGAAGAUACUUGUCAAUUGCAGCCUCUGAAAAUUAAACAAAAAACAACUUACAAUAAUUAUAUUAUUAUAAGCUUACCUACUUUUUUAAUAAAUUCAUGUAACUUGUAUGGAAGCCACCAGUCUUUAUUUAGUUCUAGUUUGUGAUUGACAGGCGGUUUUAGGAAUCGAUGUUCAACGUUACCUAUAAUGAUCCAUACUUAUUAAUAAGUAGAUACCUAACCAUAACGUUUGUUAUAAUAAUGAAACUAUACAUAUGGUAUCUACUUCAUUGGCUUUGGCCCUUACGUGACAUUAAUUACCAGCUUAUACUGCGGUACAAAUACCCCCGAAAUUAAUAACAAUUCUUGAUUACUAACCAUAUACAUACAAUAUUCGAAAAACUACCAAAUGUGCUUUGCAUUCCAUUUUUUUUACCAAUUUGAAUACAAAACAGCAUUCAAGAGGUUUUCCAAGCGAAUGACUCGGUCACGGCGCCUACGCCUCCAGGAAGGCAACACUCUUGCGCAUAUAACCUAGGUACCUAACUUCCCCACUGGCUAAAAUGCUUUAUAAAGAGUUAUUUCCAGAUAGUCAGAGUUUCUCUGUGCCGCAGUUACUUUUAAACUUAGUAAUCUUCGUUAAAUAGCUCCUCUAAGUUUUAUAUUUCGGCUCGCUUGCUUACCCUGCCUCUCACAAAUCCCGUUUACCUCUAUCACAAAAAAUAACUAAUUUAGGUACCUGUCCUGCGUUUAUCUACGUUGCAUGAACGAAUCUCUUUCAAGUCAACAGCAACCAUUUAAAUUAAGGUAUAAUUCAAAGUUAUUCCGUCAAAUAAGUAUAUGUAUUACAUAUAGUAUAAGAAAAAUAACAUCCUUGUAGUAAAUAAAAGAUAAACAUAUUGUUAUAAUUUACAAAUAGGAAUAAGUGUUUAGAGUAUGAACUACCAAAACCUUAAGCUAAAGGCUUAAUUUGUACAUAAAUUAAAGUAUUGAUACACGCAUACCUACUAAAAAAUAGGAAAUGUCAGUGAUAUGACAAUUACUUCGUAAUCAUUAUAGUUAGGGAGGCGAAUAGGGGAAAUUUCGGCAAUACUCGAGCGUGGCAGUUUAAGAUAUGAGAGAUACCUUAGACCUAAUAGAACAACCUUGUAAAGUAUUUAGCUCUAUAUGUAGUGACGCGCGCCUAGGAUAGACGAUCAGAUUAGUAAAAAAAAAUGGAUAGUCUGAAAUACUCGAGCGCCUCAGAUUAAGAUAUUGGGGGUUGAUUUUAGUGUUUAAAGACUAAAUUUAACUAAUCUGACGAUAAGUCCUUGACGCCGCCGAGUUAUAGGGUCGCGAACUUGUAAAAAAAAAACGUUAAUCCGGCAUUCUCGAGCGCGAUUUUUUUAUUUUUUAUUUUGAAGAAUAUAAUCUAAAACUUACUAAAAAUACAAAAUCUGCCGGUUUCCGCAUGACCGGAAGUGUGGAGGAGCCAUUUCGUCUUCCUAAGAACGCGUUGC